CAAAAACUUUGCUACUUUUGGGGGAUGCCUUAUAUUUCGCACUUCAGCAAAACCUCUACUACGUCUUAUUUUCAGGGGAUGUCUUAUAUUUGGGGAAACAGGGUAGAUUGAAAAGAUAGGGAGAUACAAUAUGUCUUUGCCUGACCCCUUUGCUAAUUGGAAACCAUUCUGUUUCUCCUAACAGUAGCCUCUUAUCCAGAUACAGAUUGCACAUCAAUGGUAAACCACUUCUGACCAGGCCUUACCUCGAAACCUCUACAAUGAGACUGUGUGAUUAUGCACUAUUAACUGAGAGGGACAGUCUGGAUCAGAGGCAUUUUUUCUACCUAGUAAAUAUAAGUUGUUAAUAAGAAAGACUGAAUGAAUGACUUUAAAAAGUCUUCUGACAGUUGACAGUGGGUAAAUUAGAUGCCCGAUCGUUCAAGAGAACAUUAACUUAAUCCAAACAGCUGGGAAGUGACCUUUGGCAGUAAAGGACUUCAUCAGAUUUGCAGACUGGCCACCCCCUUUUACAGCUGGCCUAUCAAAAUUUAUACCUUGUGUGUGUCUGUGUCUGUUGUACAGAGGGGAGUGGCCUAUGUACCUCUGUGCCUAUAUGCUGUUACCAGAGCCAAAGUGAAGAAGAAGAGGAGACGUUUGCAAAAGAGUUUGGCAAGGAAUCCUGACACAUGGCAACUGCAGGGAAGGUGAUUAAAUGCAGAGCUGCAGUCAUCUGGGAAGCAGGCCAAAUGCCUUCUCUUGAAGAGGUAGAGGUGGCACCACCAAGAGCCCAUGAGAUUCGAGUGAAGAUAGUGGCCACCGGGAUCUGUCGGACAGAUGACAAUGUACGAGCAGGUGUUUUUCCUAACAUCGACUACCCAGUUAUUGCAGGCCAUGAAGCAGCUGGUAUUGUUGAAAGUGUUGGGCCCAAAGUCACAUGUGUAACGCCAGGUGACAAAGUCAUUCCUUUAUGUCUUGCCCAGUGUGGAGAAUGCACCUCCUGUCUGAAUCCUAAAACAAAUUUUUGCCUCAAAAUCCACUUCUUUCAAUCUCAAAACCUGAUGCCGGACAAAACAAGCCGAUUUACCUGCAAAGGGAAGCAAGUUUACCACUUUCUGUGGACAAGCACCUUCUCUGAAUACACAGUUAUGCCAGAAGCUUCCAUUGCAAAGAUUGACAAUGCUGCUCCUCUGGAGAAAGUCUGUCUGUUUGGCUGCGGGUUUUCUACUGGCUAUGGGGCUGCCAUCAAUUCAGCCAAGGUUGAGCCGGGUUCUACCUGUGCCAUCUUUGGCUUGGGUGGUGUUGGUCUGUCCAUUAUCAUGGGCUGCAAAACAGCAGGGGCAUCCAGAAUUAUUGGGAUUGACAUCAACAAAGAAAAAUUUGCUAAAGCAAAAGAGUUAGGAGCCACCGAGUGUAUCUCUCCGAAUGAUUUCAACAAACCCAUUGAGAAGGUGCUUGUGGAGAUGACCGGUCUUGGUGUGGACUAUUCAUUUGAAGCAAUCGGGCAUAUUGACACACAGGUAGCUGCCCUGACCUCUUCCCGCUUGGAUUCUGGAACCUGCGUCCUGGUAGGGGAGCCUCCUUCAGGAUUGGAGCUGAGUUUCGCCCCUGAACUGAUCCUCUGCGGGAGGAAACUGAUAGGGUCCUUACUUGGAGGUUGGAAGUCAAAAGAAGCUCUCCCCAAACUGAUUUCUGAUUAUCUGAACAAGAAAUGUAAUCCAGAUGCUUUAAUAAGUCACACAUUACCCUUCGAGAAAAUAACUGAAGGCUUUGAGCUUCUGCAUGCAGGUAAAAGUAUUCGCUGCAUCUUGAUGUUCUAAAGUUCCAACAGCAACCAGUCACUGGGGCUUCAGCUCAAGAUAGUGUCUCAUUCUUCAGAUCCUUCACAUACCUGCCUAAAUUUUGCAGUCAUUGACCCUUGCAAAAUUCCAACUAAUACCAACAUAUUUUAACACUGAAACUGUUAACUUUUACAGCCAAAAAGAGAGCAAGACUCAGUAGCAUCUUAGAGCCCAAUAAGAUUUUUGUCAGAAAGAAGCACUUUGUAUAUCAGCUGUAACUGUAAGGACCUUUGAUGGAACAUGUUUGCUACACGUUUGUCAUGAUUAGUCAAUCACACACCACCUCACCAUCACCUGCUUCAGUGAACCACAGGACAAGAAAGGGAGGACCAUGAACCCCUUUCUGCACUUGUAAGCCUCCCUGUACCCACAUACAUCAGCCCUUGUUCCCCUAGACAGAAUCUGGACAUGAGGGCAAUCUGGCUGUGACAUCUGCCAUCCCAUUGAUUGCCAGGGGUGAUCUGACUGGGUUAGGCUAUUGAACAAUAAAACAUAAAACAGGAAGACCUUAAGUGGUGUAUUAUUCUUGACCCAUAGACAGUGCAGAUAGAGGGACAGGAACUGGCAGACCUCCCUCAAGCAUCAUGAAGACUUGGUAAGGAGGAAGAGCCUGAACUGUACAUAUUUGAUGUUCAAAGCUCAGAGGUGGUGUGGCCUCACCCAUAAAUUCAGGGAUGCACAAACAAGAGGUGCCCUGACUCUUCUGCAUUGGACCAAUCGCUUGCACUAUAAAUGGGUCUGAAAUUGAUUUUGGCUCAUGGGUAUAGCAGAUACUCUUUGAUCCAUGUAAAUAAA